GUGGCUGCGGAGGGGACCGGGGGACAGAGGCAGGCCGGACGGGCCUAUGGGGUCCCGGAGGGCCCCGGUUCGCGGGUGGCAGUCCGGCCCGCGCUGCGGGGGUUUUCCCGGGGGGGACGGCGAGGACGAGGCGGUGUGGAGCAACAGCCCGGCCAGCCGCAACUACUUGCUCAGCGUGCGGCCCGAGGCCAGCUCAUCCAGCAGCCGACUCUCCCCCCCCAGCUCUGGAAGGAGCACGUUCUGCUCCAUCAUCGCCCAGCUGACCGAGGAGACCCAGCCACUGUUCGAGACCACGCUCAAGUCCCGGGCCGUGUCCGAGGACUGCGAUGCCAAGUUCACCUGUGUCGUCACAGGGUACCCGGAGCCAGAGGUGACCUGGUACCGAGAUGACGAGGAGCUCGACCGGUACUGCGGCCUGCCCAAGUAUGAGAUCUCCCAGCGGGGUAACCGCCAUACGCUGCAGCUCUACAAGUGCCGAGAGGAGGACGCUGCCAUCUACCAGGCGUCCGCCCGCAACGCCAAAGGUAUCGUGUCCUGCUCGGGGGUGCUGGAGGUGGGCACCAUGACCGAGUACAAGAUCCACCAGCGCUGGUUUGCCAAGCUGAAACGGAAGGCGGAAGCCAAGCUGCGGGAGAUCGAGCAGAGCCGGAAGCGGGGCAAGGAGGCGGCCCCCGACGCCGGGGACGGGGCGGCCCCCGAGGACGGGGCGCCACGCAAGCUCAGCCCGGAUCGGUUCCAGCGCAAGCGGCGUCUCCGCGGCGCGGCGGAGCCGGACCGCCUCUCCGGGUCCGGCGGAGACGUCGAGAGGGGGUCGCGGGGACCCGACCCCGUGGCCGAGUCUGGCGAGCCGGGUCCGGCCGGCGGCAGCCUCGUGGGCGAUCAAGUGGCCACCAACGGAGAUGCCGCUCUGGACAGCGGAGAGGAGGGCGGAGGCGAGGCCGGGGGAAUCUGGGCCCACGGGCCGCUCAAGGAGUCGGUAGCCAAGAAGAAGAAGAAGAAGGAGGAGGAGGAGGAGAAGGAACCCGGCCGCGGGGCAGGGACCAGGCCGGAAGAGCAGAAGCCAUCCCCGGCCCCAGCGUCUGGGAGCCCCGGCCCCACAGAGAGCCGCCGCCCCCACACGCCUCCCGCACCUGGCUCCCUGCGGGGCUUGGAACCCAGGAGAGCCAAGCCCCCAGAGGUGCCGGAGGCCAGGAGCACCCAUCCCCGAGGGGUCGGAGCCCGGGACACCCCCACCCCCACUCCCACCCCGCCCGGCAACUUUUCCCUGAAGGAUUUGUUCCUGGAGAGUCUCCAGCCCCCUGUCAACGCAGAGGAGGAGGGGACGCCCACGGGCACGAGGGGAGGGGGUUCACCGGCAGCCCAACCCCCCAGAAGAUUUAACAAGAAGAGGUUUGAGCCUCCAAAGCCUAAAGGAGAUCUGAGCAGUGAGCCCCCGUCCCGCCCUCCGACCCGGCAGGGAGCCCAAGAGCCCCCGGCACCCCCGGUGCCCCUCACCCCACGUGCCCCAGCCCGCCGGAGACACGGCGCCCGGGAGAGCCCCUCGCUAGAGCGGCCGGCCCCCAGCGCCUCUCGGGAGGCCACAGGUUCCACCACAGCUACUGGGGCGGGUUCCACCCCGGAGCUCCCCAGCCACAGCCCCGCAGGUGGCCGGGAGGACGGUGACUCCGUGGACACAGACGCCCGUCGGGACGGGAGGAUACAGGCAAACAGGAGACCCCAGCCAGACCCUACACAAGGGGGCACGAGAGCACAGGUGGACAAGAAAUCCCAGGUGGACACGAGGAAGCAGGCGGAUGAGAAAUCCCUGGCGGACGUGAGGUCACAAGAGGAAGUGAGGACUCGAGUGGAUGAGAAACCCAAGGUGGACCCGAGGACGCAGGAGGACACGAGGACGCAAGUGGAUGAGAAACCCCCAGUGGACUUGGAGACGCAAAAGGACACAAGGACGCAGAUGGGUGAGAAACCCUCGGUGGACGGGAGGACGCAAGAGGACACGAGGACGCAGAUGGGUGGGAAACCCCCGGUGGACGGGAGGACGCAAGAGGACACGAGGACGCGGGUGGAUGAGAAACCCCCGGUGGACGGGAGGACGCAAGAGGACACGAAGGCACAAGCGUAUGAGGCCGACACGAGCACGCAGGACAGGACACCACGGUCUGACGUGACACAGGAGGAAGGGCGACCGCAGGCAGAUGAGAGACCACAAGAGAACCCCAGAGCACAACCGGAAGGGGAGAGCUUCCCCGACUCCCAGGGCCGACCCCCUGGCUUCCCAAGCUCAGGAGUCCCUGGGUCUCCUCAGACUCCUGGGCGUUUUCCGGAGUGCCCCAUCCCCGACUCUGCCCCCGCUAGGCCCAAGAUGGCAGAGACUCCUGCCCCCAACUCUUCAGAGGGAGACUCUCUGGACUGUCCAGCUGGGAUCUCCGUACCCCCAGCCCACCCCUUCUCUGCAGGACAGAUGGACCCAGCUCAGUCCCAGCUGGCCGAGGGCAGGCCGCCCCAGCCAACGCCGGGCGUUAGCCUUGUCGCUGGAGGGAGAGAGCUCAGCCUGACGGGAGGGGUGGCUGCGGGGGGCGGGGCUCCCUCUUCUGACACCCAUCCCUCGGCCCUGGGUCCCGAGUCUCUGAAAAGCGAGGAAGGGCUGGGCCCCGGGCAUCCCACCCCCGUGGACCCGGCCUCCCACCAGCCCCCAGAGGCCCGUGCCCAGGGCGGGUCUGCUCUGCCACAGCCGCAGGGGCCCGGAAGCCCAGCCCCGGGGGAGGGAGGCCAGUGCCGAGGGAGCCCGCUGGAGCCCAGAGUGGAGAGGCCGGGGGCCCCAGAGGCCGGGGAGGCCGACAGCUGCCUCAUCGAUUCACUGAAGAAUUACCUGCUCCUGCUGUUGAAGCUGUCCAGCGCUGGACCCCCAGACUCGUACCAGGAGGGCUCCCAGAUGGGAGCGAAGCGGGAGGGCCUGCAGACCCCUGCACCCGGGCCGCCCGCCCCCAAGCACAGCCUGUGCCCGACGGUGGAGGUCGCCGGCCUGAGUCCCCGGACGUCCCGCAGGAUCCUGGAGCGGGUGGAGAACAACCACCUGGUGCAGAGCGCCGAGACGCUCUGCCUGAGCCCCCGCACCUCCCGCCGGCUCACCGGCCUCCUCCACCAAGAGCUGCAGGCUGGCCACCAGGCGCUCGCCCUGGGCAGGGGGCCGGGAAGGGGUUCUGUUCACCUCACCAUCCCGGACAUCGUGGUGGGAGAGGAGGCCUCGCCUCGGGACCCGGAGAGGGAAGAUCUGGCAUCCCCAGGAGAGGGCGGGAUGUGGGAAGUCCCUGGGGGGGGUGAGGAGCCGAGGCCCUUCUUGGAGAGGGAGCAGGAGAUCCCUGGUGUGGAGGCUCCCGGGGCUGGGGAGAGCAAGGAGAAGGAGGUUCCCGGGGAGGGGGAGAGCAAGGAGAAGGAGGUCCCUGGAGUUGGCGAGAGCAAGGAGAAGGAAGCUCCUGGAGCCGAGGAGCCCGGGAAGAGCAGGGAGCAGGAGUCCCCUGGGGCGGGAGAGAGCGGGGAGCAAAAGGCCCCUGGCGCUGGGGAGAGGGGGGAGCUGGGGGAGAGCAGGCUGGAGGCACCGGGAGCCACCCCCCAGGAGCUCGCCCUGGGAGCUCGGCGCAAAAGAUUCCUCCCACGGGCGAAGCCGGCCGGGGAGGUGGAGGCAGAAGAGAAAGAGAAGGGCAGCCCCUCGGCCUCCCCUCGCGGGGCCAGGAAGGGCCCGGCUCCGGGGCCCUCACCGCCUCCAGCGGCCCCGGGACGGUCCCCGACCCAGACCAGGAAGCUUGCGACCCUGGAGGUGCCACGGGCAUUCGAGGAGCCCGCGGGCCCGGGCGGCGACGACGACGGCCCCGAGGGCAGCAGGGCGCCGGGCGUGGAGGCGGCCCCAGAAGGCCCCGAGCGCGGGCAGGACGCGCCGGAAGCCGAGCCCAGAAAAGCCAAAGACCCUUUCAAAGCCCCCCAGGUGAUCCGGAAGAUCCGGGUGGAGCAGUUCCCGGACGCAUCAGGCAGCUUGAAGCUCUGGUGCCAAUUCUUCAACAUCCUCGGGGACUCCGUCCUCACCUGGACCAAGGACUCGCGGCCCGUGGCCGAAGUCGCGAGAAGCGCCGGCGACGAGGGGCCGGCAGCCUUGGCCAUCGUGCAGGCCUCGCCUCAGGACUGCGGGCUCUACCGGUGCUCCAUCCGCAACGAGCACGGCGCCGACUCCACUGACUUCCGACUCAGCCCCGACGUGCUGGCGGGCCUCGUCUCCAGGGAAGAGGUAGAGGUUGGAGAAGAAAUCGAGAUGACGCCCAUGGUCUUCGCCAAGGGACUGGCCGACUCCGGCUGCUGGGGGGACAAACUGUUCGGGCGGCUGGUGAGCGGGGAGCUGCGCGGCGGCGGGGCGGGGGGCGGCCUGCGCAAGGCCUCCCGAGCCAAGGUCAUCUACGGCCUGGAGCCCGUCUUCGAGUCGGGCCGCACCUGCGUCAUCAAGGUCCCCAGCCCGCUGGUGUUCGGGCCGGGCAGCGACAGCUCCCUGCUGGGAAGGAACUAUGACGCCACCAUCCAGGGCUGUAAGAUCCAGAACAUGAGUCGCGAAUACUGCAAGAUCUUUGCAGCGGAGGCCCGGGCCGCCCCCGCCUUCGGCCAGGUGCCAGAGAUCAUCCCCCUGUACCUGAUCUACCGUCCGGCCAACACCAUCCCCUACGCCACGCUGGAGGAGGACCUGGGGGCGCCGCUGGCACCCUACUGUGCACGGGCGUCGGGGUCUCAGGAGGGGCCCGAGGGAUCAGAGGCCGCGCUCAAGUGUCAGACCUUCCAGCACUGGCUGUACCAGUGGACGAAUGGAGGCUUCCUGGUCACGGACCUCGCCGGUGUGGGCUGGAAGACAACCAACGUGCAAAUCGCCACGAGACUGAGAGGGUAUCAAGGCCUCAAGGAGAGCUGCUCUCCGGCCCUGCUGGACCAGUUUGAGUCGACGCACCGGUGCAGCCCCCACUGCCGGAUGCUGGGGCUGCAGCCUCUGAGGGGCCCCGAGUCGGCCCACUCGCUGGCCAAGUCCAGGGGCCCCAAGAGCCCGUCCCAGGGCCGCAGGGGCCAGUCGACCCAGUCGAGCCCCCAGCUCCAGAAGAAAGGCCCGGCCAGCCCCCAGGGGUCCCGCAAGAGCGGCGUGAGCCCCAAGGCUGCCCGGAAGGCCUCCGAGGCGGCCGGCCGGCCCGCUCCCCCUGACGACAGGGGAGCCGAGGCCCAGGGCCCGCGCUAGGCCGGACCGGAGCUGGGAGCCUCCACCCAGGAAGCGGGAAGCAGCUCCAACCAGACGGAAGACCCGUGCCCAGGGUGCCCGGCUCCCGCCCUGGGCGGGGGCCGCGGGCGGUCGGGGACUUGCCGCCGGGCAGCAGCCUCCUCGGUGUCCUUGGACAGUGGAGUGGGCGGUAUGGGCGAAAAUGCUCCAUUCAGUCCCACGGGAGCCGGGACCCUGAGGAAGGCCGUGUGGCAGGAGUGGGAAGGAUGGAACGGAUUGAGGUCUCAGGGAACGAGGGACUGGGCACGGAGCCUUCCGCUUCCCUCGGGUCUAAGGGGCACGAGGGGAGGCGCGUAUGACUCCAGGGUCCCGGAGGUGCCAGGCUACGAGCGCGUGCCCCGGCCUUCCGGUGCCACUUGUGGUGACUACGUUUACAAUAGGUUUUCCCCAGCUCUCCGCUUAGGCCCUCGGGCGGCUCUCGCCGGAGUCAAGCCCCAUCGUGUGGGAGUUUCUGUGCCCGGUGGAGGGAGCCUGCUCCUGCCCCGUCCCCCUCCCGAGACCCUUUCCUCACCGGACCCCUCCCCUGGGUCUCAGGCGCCUCCAGAGAUGACUCCACCUGGUCUAUUUAGGAUGGACCUGGGGGUCUCACCCCCAGAUGUUCUUCCCUAGCUGCUUUGUUGCACAUGACCCAGCAGUUCCUCUACCUCUCGCUGGUUUCCUGCUCCUGCCCAGCCACCGUCUGUUUGUCUUGUUGUGACUUGGAUAAUCAUGGGCAUUCUCUUCCCCGGGAUUCCCUGCCUAAACCCUCUGGCCCCGCGCUCCGGCCUUACGCUCCGGCCCCAACCGGUAGCUCUUGUUCCCUUGACCGGUCUUUCCCCACACGGCUCGGCUCUCUCUUCCCCCUGAGUGGGCUCCCUCGCCUCGGCUGCCCUCUGUAGACCCCCAUAUUCCGUCUCUUCCUUUCCUCAUCUUUCUGUGGCUUGGGUGAGUCUAGCCUCGCUCGAAAAGGGCCUGGGCUUUGGAUCCGUGGCCGCUCUGCCCCCAGGAUCGGCGUGGGGGCCGUUCUGUUACGGGGAAGGAGGUAGCCCGAUCCUAAGCUCCAUCCUGGCCCGAGCCCUGCCUCUUCCCGGGGUUCUCCCCGUGCCGGGUGGGUUGAGACGACCGCCCCGGGGCCCGCAUGCUCCGCUUUGAGUGCAAUAAACACAGAGUGCACACGU